GCAGCAGCAGUGUCAAGUGCAAGUGUGUCGAGUAGAAGCAGUAUAGCAAGAGAGAGAUCCCUCUGCUCAUCUCCCUGGCUGCAACACAAGGCAGGGCACACUCUCGAGCAGCAUACAACCAUGGCAGGCGAAAACAAGCAGCGUGAGGACGAGGUCGGAUGGCUCUUUGUCCAGGAGUACUACACCAUGAGUAAGAAUCGGCCUCUAUUAUUGAGUAGAUGAACAGGCAUGCUGACCCUUUGCUUAGUGAACAGGACACCACAGAAACUUCAUGUACGAUCGAUGCAUGCGACGUAGAUGACUUGCUAACCCUUCAGCUGUUCUACAAGAAGAACUCCACCUUCGUGCACGGUGUCGAAGGCGAAUCAAGCAAAUUGUCGCAGGGCCAACGGGAGAUUCUCACAAAGGUACAGGAGCUCAACUUCAAGGACUGCAAGGUCCUUGUGUCCAAUGUCGAUAGCCAGGCAUCCUUCGACAACACCAUCCUCAUCCAAGUCCUCGGUGAGAUGUCCAACAAUGGUCAAGACUCCCGCAAGUUUGCCCAGACAUUCUUGCUUGCUCCACAGGAGUUUGGUUACUACGUGCACAAUGACAUUUUCCGGUUCUUGAAGGAAGAGGUGGAUGAGUCUGACUUUGGCGAUGAGCAGGGACAUGCUGCUCCAAACACUCACGAAGAGACCUUGUUCUCGCAUGAAGUCGCUUCAACACAGCAGGUUCCACCACCAACGCAGAUUCAGACACCUCACACGAAUGGCACGACGACUGCACCUGCAGAAUCUGAGGCCAAGAAGCCCCUUGCUGAGAAGUCUGUGGUUGCUGAUGAAGUGGUUGCCUCACCCACUCAGACACCUGUCGCUGACCCCUCUGCCAACCGUAGCGAGGCUGUUGAGACCAUUGCAAACCCACCGGUAUCCGCAGGAUCCUCUGCCACCGAGUCUGCACCCUCUCAACCAACCACACUCUCACAAGAGACGCCUGCUACGGCGAUCCCUGCAACUGCCGCUACGACGCACGAUGCUUCUCUAAAAGCUGAACCUCAACAACCCGCUGAACCCGUGAAACCUGCUGCUCCACUUUCUUGGGCUGCACGCGCUGCUGCAAAUGCCGCCAAGACGGCUACAGCAGCUGUUGUGAAUAAAGUCACACCUGCCGUCACAUCUGCAUCGGCACCUGCACAAAAGAAGCAAUCAGCACCAGCCCAGCCUGAGCAGCAGCAACAGGCACAGCAGGUACAAUCUGCACAGCCUUCUCAACAGCCACAACAACAGCAAUUGGGCAGUGAAACGAGCAAGUCUGCGUUUUUGAAGAGUUUGACGCCGAGUAUGUCGGAUGAGAGUAUUCGUCGAGAGUUGGGUAAGCAUGGUGCUUUCAAGACUGUGGAAAUCAAUCGUGCCAAGAAGUGUGGGUUUGUGGAUUACUUGUCUGCUGGUGCCUGUGCGUCUGCUAUUAAGCAGCAUUUGCAUGAUAUUGAUGGUGAAAUGUUGCAGGUGGAGGAGAGGCGUAAGGAUGUCAAUACGGGUAAAGGACCGUAUGGUGGCAAGAAGUUUGACAAAGCUGGACGUGGUUCGCCUGCUACGCGUGGAGGAAGUGGAGCUGGUCGUGGACAGGGCACGCCCCGCACGCAGACUCCAAUCGCCAAGUGAGAAGUCCUCUUGACUCUCGCGUCCCUGGUCGACCCUCACCAAAAGAAGAUUACAUGCAUGUCGCCUACAGAGAUUGUCACUGGACAUCCCCUUUCCCUUGCUGUUUCUCGAUUCAUAUGACCUGCGACAUCUACUUUACUUUCUCGAGAUACUCCGUAAAAGCAUUUCCACCCAUCC